AAAGACCCGCGGCCUCGGCCCCUCCAAAGAGCCGAGAGAUGACGGGGAAAGCAGGGGAAGCGCUGAGCAAGCCCAAAGCCGAGACAGUAGCCAAGAGUACCUCGGGGAGCGCCCCAGCCAGGUGCACCGGGUUUGGCAUCCAGGAGAUCCUGGGCUUGAACAAGGAGCCCCCCAGCUCUCAUCCGCGGGCUGCCCUCGACGGUCUGGCCCCCGGGCACUUGCUGGCUGCACGAUCCGUGCUCAGUCCCGCAGGAGUGGGCGGCAUGGGGCUGCUGGGGCCCGGGGGGCUCCCCGGCUUCUACGCACAGCCCACCUUCCUGGAAGUGCUGUCCGACCCGCAGAGCGUCCACUUGCAGCCUCUGGGCAGAGCGUCGGGACCUCUGGACACCAGCCAGACGGCCAGCUCAGAUUCUGAAGAUGUUUCCUCCAGCGACAGAAAAAUGUCCAAAUCGGCUCUAAACCAGACUAAGAAACGGAAGAAGCGGAGACACAGGACAAUCUUUACCUCCUACCAGCUAGAGGAGCUGGAGAAGGCGUUCAAUGAGGCCCACUACCCAGACGUCUAUGCCCGGGAAAUGCUGGCCAUGAAAACAGAGCUGCCCGAAGACAGGAUACAGGUCUGGUUCCAGAAUCGCAGAGCCAAGUGGAGGAAGCGAGAGAAGUGCUGGGGCCGGAGCAGCGUUAUGGCGGAGUACGGGCUCUAUGGGGCCAUGGUGCGCCACUCCAUCCCCCUGCCUGAGUCCAUCCUCAAGUCCGCCAAGGAUGGCAUCAUGGACUCCUGUGCCCCGUGGCUGCUGGGGAUGCACAAAAAGUCGCUGGAGGCGGCAGCCGAGUCGGGGAGGAAGCCCGAGGCGGAGCGCCAGGCCCUGCCCAAGCUCGACAAGGUGGAGCAGGAGGAGCGGGGCCCCGACGGCCCGGCCACCAUGUCCCAGGAGGAACUGAGGGAGAACAGCAUCGCGGCGCUCCGAGCCAGAGCGCAGGAGCACAGCACCAAAGUGCUGGGGACUGUGUCCGGGCCCGACAGCCUGGCCCGCAGCGCCGAGGAGCCCGACGAGGAGGAGGCCACGGACGAAGACAGGCCGGCGGAGAAGCUGAGUCCACCGCAGCUCGAGGACAUGGCUUAGGUCAAGGGUGCGCGGACACCGGAGCCCCGGCACGCUGCUC